AUGCAGCUACCCUUGGAUUUCCAGCCUAACCUCCUGGCUGUAAACGAUGGCCCCCUACAAAAUGUCAAGUUCUUACAUGAGUCGCAUCCGACAGAGCCGCUGGCGACGCUGCGACAACGAUACGACGAGGAUGGCUACCUCUUUCUCAAAGGCGUUCUGCCGCGUGCCGAUGUCUUAAAGGCACGCCACAACUAUUUCAGUAUGAUGGAGGUGACUGGAGUCCUGGAAGUAAAUACCCAGCCGGUACAAGGAAUCUUCAAUCACUUGAAGUCGCCCGUAGACUUUCCGGGCAUCGGUGCCGGCGGCGCAGGGAAGAAUGGUCGUCCAGGAGGUGAUAAGGCGGCGCAGUUUGUCGACCUAGCCAUUGAAGCCCACUACCGUGACUGGUAUGCGGAGGACUUCUGCCGACACCCGCAGUUGCUGGAAUUUAUUGCCAGGUUCACAGGUUGGGAAACUGAUACUCUCGGCCUUCGGAGGUCACUUCUACGAAAUAACAUUCCUGGCACCAAGCCUAUCGGCGUACAUUACGAUCAGAUCUUUCUCCGGCACGGCGACCCAACGAGUGUGACUGCCUGGGUUCCUAUCGGUGAUAUCAAAGUCAGCGGAGGAGGGCUAAUCUACCUUGAAAACGGUGACUCUGUCGGUAUUGCCUGUGAGGAAGACUUUAAAAAGAAGGCGAAGGCAGCUGGCCUCACCGACGAUGAGGCCAAGGAUGCAUUUAACUCAAAUAUGAUGUCAACAGGAUUGCUAUCGGAGCUUCCUUUGGAAUUCGCUCGUGAGAACCAGCGAUCGUGGUUAGUAGCCGAGUACGAAGCUGGUGAUGUUGUCUUGCACAAGCCACAUAUGAUUCAUGCGUCAACGAUAAACAAUGACCCCGAUCGAGUAAUUCGCUUGGCCACUGAUUUGCGAUUCGUGAAUUCUUCACAGCGAUUUGACGAAAGAUGGAAUCAGCCUUAUCGAGUGGGAGAUGGAGUUUAA